AUGGCAAUUAACAGUAGCAUUCUUGCUGAGAUGGAAAUCCCAAAUACAUAUUUGGCAUCUAUUUAUAAGCUAUGGAAGAGUGCCAAAGUCUCGGCCUUACAAAAUCAAGAUAAAUGGGAAUCAAGGCUGCUGCUUAUUUCUCUUCUAGGAGCUUUUUGGGGGACGAAAGGAGUGUUGGAAUCUGAGUUUCUGAUGAAAAUUGCAAAGUCAAAAGGUACGCCUGUAGCACGGAUUGCAUUGAGAAGGGCUUAUGAGCAAGGGGUGAUUAUUGUGGUGAAUAGCUUCAACAAAGAGAGACUAAAGCAGAAUCUUGAUAUUUUUGAGUGGGAGUUGAGCAACGAAGGGUCCAAGAAGAUUGCUGCAAUACGGCAAAGGAGGGCAAACCUUGAGCAGCUCUUUAUCUCUGAAACUAGCCCUUUUAGGACAGUCCAGGAGCUCUGGGAUGGAGAACUUUAA